AUGUUGCGACCGGCGACCCCCAUGUCGGUCCUGCUCUUUGCGGCCUUCGCCCUGCUCCUGCUUUCUACCUUAUCCACACCCAUCAUCAAGCCAAUCCCACUUGGCAGCUUCAAGGGUGCCAACUUUGGAGUCUUCGGUGUCUGCAGGGCCAAUGGCAAGUGCGAAGGCCCCGAGAUUGGCUAUGACACCACCAAAGUCUUUGCGGCUGCAGACCACAGGGGCGCCUUCGAUCUCCCAGACUCGGCCCGAAACACACUCUCGGCCAUUCUGAUCGUUCACCCCAUCGCUGCCCUUACGACGCUCAUCAUGUUCAUCAUGGGGGCCGUCGCUCACCUCCACUCACCCUCUCACUCAGCGAGGUACCUACUUGCCGUCUUCAUCUUCUCCUUCAUUGACUUUCUCAUCUGUCUCCUCGCCUUUCUGGUCGAUGUUCUCUUGUUCGUCCCUCACAUGGCCUGGGGCUCAUACAUUGUCCUUGCCGCCACGAUUCUUGUUGGAAUGAGUGCGCUCGUGGCCUGCGCUAUGCGGCGUAUGCUGGUCAGCAGAAAAGCCAGGAAGAAGCGCAUCGCAGAGAAUGCCGAAAUGAGCGGCGAGAACUACUACAACCGCGAGGCUCAAUCCAAGCCCGCUGUUCCCGCCAGCCCGCAGCCGACCAUGCCCGUUGUAAGCGGUGGAAAUGGCAUGGACAAGAUGCCUACAUAUGCCUCAUUCGAAUCCCAGAAGGACGACCAGGUCAGCGAUGAACGCAUUCCCCUGACGUCCAGGAGCCCCGUCAAUGGUUUCCAAGGUGCUGCGGCUGCGAUGGAUGCCCCCCCCUCACGAUCUGGAUCUGUUCCGCCUCACCAGAGAGAUCCGUAUGGGAACCCAAUGCCGCCACAAGACGGCUUCGGUCCCAGGAGAGGGCCUUCCCAAGAGCGCAUGAGAGGUAGAGGCGGCCCGCCGCCUGGCGGAUUUAGAGGACGCGGCGGCGGUGGUGGCUACGGCAGGGGUGGGUACAACAACUACGGACCGCCACCUCCAGGAAGAGGCGGUUAUGGCCCUCCGGGACGAGGAGGCUACGGUGGCCCCCCUCCUGGUGGUCGAGGUGGAUACGGACCGCCACCCCGUGGCGGAUUUGGCCCGAAUGGCAUGCGAGGCGGACGGCCGCCUCCGCCGGGCUACCAACCUGGCCCCGGUGGGCCUGGACCCUAUGAUCGCGGACCAAGUCCGGGCAACGGCUAUGGUGGUCCCCCUCCCGGUGGGCCUGGGCCCUACGACCGCAGACCAAGUCCGGGCAACGGCUAUGGCGGUCCCCCUCCCGGUGGCCCAUACGCCGCACGUCGCUCCAUGGACAUGGCUCCGGGAUAUAUCAGUGCAAACAACAGCACAAACCCUUCCCUCCCCUCCAUCCCCCAGCAGCAAGGCUAUGAGACCUACAAUCCAGAGCGUACGAGCUUGCCGCGAGCCGAGUCUCCCCCACCUCUCCCUGGCGAUGUACCGCCCCUAAUGGCCGGUCAAGCGGUUGAGAUGAACGCAGUGACGGGAAGCCCGUCUCACGCACCGACAGGUUUUGGCCAGUUCCGAGACAGUGACGCUGAUAUCGCGGGCAUGGUUGGACUACAGCAGCAGAAUGGUGGAAAUAGAGCCCCGCCUCGGAGGCAUGACACAUACAUGACUGAGGGGAGCAGGUACAGCACAGACGAGGCAUACCUACCCCCACGUCAAGCUUGGAACCAAAAUGGUAACGCAUCGCGCAUGGCGUCCCCGCUGCAACGUGGCGAGCUACCUGCCCGUAGCUCACCUGCGCCGGCGGGCAGCGACUACUAUGAAGACGUCGAUCCGCGCUUUGCGGACGCUCCGUCUUCGGCCCCGGCUUCCAGAGCAGGCGCCCCGCCGGCUCUUCAGGUACCUCUACCCGCGCCCAACAUGUAUGAUGACGCUCAUGCCGAUGCCGGUGCACGUAGCCCGGGCGCCGAGUCUGACCUGUCAAACUUCACCUCGAUAUCCCAAAGAGGGAUAAACCCAAGGUGGAACCCCGCUCCUCCGAUACCUGGGUUUCAUCAGCAGAUGCCGCCACGUCGGCCGGUUCAACAGCGACGGCAGGACAUGCUGUUGAACAACAACCCCGACUUCGAACUACCCGGUAGCCGCCUCGGGCCCCCAUCCCGAAUGGGAGGCAACGGUAUGAUACCCGGCAGUGCGUACCCGCCGGGCUUCUAA